AUGGCAAUUGCAAAAAUAAAGGCUUUUCAUAACGGCGAGGCAGAGAAACAAACUCAGCACGGCAGGCCGGAGGCAGCGCUGCUCCCCGCGAGCCCUGACCCCCCGGGCGCGGAGCAGCCGGCGGACGAGGCGGUGGGCAGCGCCGGGGGGCCGGGGCACGGCGCAGCCCUCAACCUGCUGCCCCCGGCGGAGGACGGCGCUGAGCCGGCGGCAGAGGGACCCACGCUGCCCACGCGGAGCCACGUCCCCCCGGCACCCGCUGCCGCCCCUGGGGCUGAUGCAAAACAAACCGUCAAGAAAAAGCUGCCGGCUCCAAAGCAAGCGAACGCAGCCAGGAAGCACCUGAAGCCCAAGCCCACCCUGCCGGGGCCCCCCAAGGCUGUGAGCGUGCCAGGCUCCAGGCUCCCCGUCUCCUCCCAGGAGCCGCCCGUGCCGGCAGAGGCAGCAGCUGGGGGGGACACACCGAGGCUGAGCCCUCCCGAGCUGCCCUGGGGGGGCCGGGACCCGACCAGCCGCCCCGUGCUGCAGAUCUCCCCGUCCACCCUGCCGCCGGCGGCCGCUCGUCCCUUCCCCAGCGGCCCCAGUGAUGCCAGCACGGCCCCGACCGCGGCUCCCACGGGGGCUGCUGUUAACCGCACGGACAGCGCGGAGAGCGAGGGGAACGGCUCCACGCUGGAGGAGAGCCAAGAAACCACCACCUCCACCAUCAUCACCACCACCGUCAUAACCACGGAGCCCACCCCGGUCCGCUGCAGCGUGAGCUUCUACGACCCCGAGGGCUACAUCGACUCCACCGACUACCCCCCGCUGCCCCUGCACAGCUACCUGGAGUGCACCUACAAUGUCACCGUCUACACGGGCUACGGCGUGGAGCUGCAGGUGAAGAGCGUGAACCUGUCGGACGGCGAGGUGCUCUCCAUCCGCGGCGUGGACGACGACAGCCUGGUGGUGCUGGCCAACCAGACGCUGCUGGUGGAGGGCCAGGUGAUCCGCAGCCCCACCAACACCAUCUCCGUCUACUUCCGCACCUUCCAGGACGAGGCGGUGGGCACCUUCCAGCUCCACUACCAGGUGUUCAUGCUGAGCUGCAGCUUUCCACGGAGACCCGACUUCGGAGAGGUCACCGUCAUGGACCUGCACUCGGGGGGGAUCGCCCACUUUCACUGCCACCUGGGCUACGAGCUGCAGGGCCCCAAGGUGCUCACGUGCAUCAACGCCUCUCGGCCUCACUGGAGCAGCCCAGAACCGAUCUGCUCAGCGCCCUGCGGCGGCACCGUGCACAACGCCACCAUCGGCCGCGUCCUCUCGCCCAGCUACACGGGCAACCAGUCGAGCAGCAUGUACUGCGUGUGGACCAUCGGGGCCCCCCCGGGCCAGAAGCUGCACCUGCACUUCGAGAAGCUGCUGCUGACCGAGAAGGACAGGAUGGUGGUGUACAGCGGGGACUCCAACCGCUCCGCCGUGCUCUACGACUCGCUGCGAGCCGACAGCGUGCCCUUCGAAGGGGUGAUCAGCGACGGCUCCUCCAUCCGGAUCGACUUUCUCGCCGAGGAGCCCGCCGCUGCCACCGCCUUCAACAUCCGCUUCGAAGCCUUUGAGCGGGGCCACUGCUACGAGCCCUACAUUCAGAACGGGAACUUCACCACCUCCGACCCCACCUACAACCUGGGCACCACCGUGGAGUUCACGUGCGACCCCGGGCACUCCCUGGAGCAGGGCCCCGCCGUCAUCGAGUGCGUCAACAUGCGGGACCCCUACUGGAACGACACGGAGCCGCUGUGCCGCGCCAUGUGCGGGGGGGAGCUGACGGCCGUGGCCGGGGUGAUCCUGUCCCCCAACUGGCCGGAGCCCUACGCGGAGGGAGAGGACUGCAUCUGGAGGGUGCACGUGGGCGAGGAGAAGCGGCUGUUCCUGGACAUCCAGCUCCUGAACCUCACCAACAGCGACAUCCUCACCAUUUACGACGGGGACGAGCUCACCGCCCGCAUCCUGGGGCAGUACGUCGGCAGCAGCGGCCCCCAGAAGCUCUACUCGUCCAGCCCCGACCUCACCAUCCAGUUCCACUCGGACCCCGCUGGGCUCAUCUUCGGGAAGGGGCAAGGAUUCAUCAUGAACUACAUAGAGGUGUCCCGCAACGACUCCUGCUCCGACCUGCCCGAGAUCCAGAACGGCUGGAAGACCACGUCGCACACGGAGCUGGUGCGAGGGGCCAAGAUCACCUACCAGUGUGACCCGGGGUACGACAUCGUGGGGAGCGACACCCUCACCUGCCAGUGGGACCUCAGCUGGAGCAGCGACCCCCCCUUCUGCGAAAAGAUUAUGUACUGCACAGACCCGGGGGAGGUGGAGCACUCGACCCGCCUCAUCUCCGACCCGGUGCUGCUGGUGGGGACCACCAUCCAGUACACCUGCAACCCCGGCUUCGUGCUGGAGGGCAGCUCGCUGCUGACCUGCUACAGCCGCGAGACGGGGACGCCCAUCUGGACCUCGCGGCUCCCGCACUGUGUCUCCGAGGAGUCGCUGGCGUGCGACAACCCGGGACUGCCAGAAAACGGCUACCAAAUACUCUACAAACGCCUCUACCUGCCCGGCGAGUCCCUGACCUUCAUGUGCUACGAGGGCUUCGAGCUCAUGGGGGAGGUCACCAUCAAGUGCAUCCUGGGCCAGCCGUCGCACUGGAGCGGCCCCCUGCCCAUCUGCAAAGUGAACCAGGACAGCUUUGAGCACGCUCUGGAAGUAGCAGAAGCUGCUGCGGAGACAUCGCUCGAGGGGGGAAACAUGGCCUUAGCCAUCUUCAUCCCGGUGCUGAUCAUCUCCCUGCUGCUGGGGGGAGCGUACAUCUACAUCACCAGGUGCCGGUACUACUCCAGCCUCCGCCUGCCCCUCAUGUACUCGCACCCCUACAGCCAGAUCACGGUAGAAACGGAGUUCGACAACCCGAUCUAUGAGACAGGGGAAACCAGAGAAUACGAAGUUUCGAUAUAAAGACAGCGCUACGAGAGUCUCCAGCUGCGAACUUAAUGUGCUCUCAUAGAA